AUGCCGCUGUCUACGCCCGUCGCCGUGUCUGACUACGGAUCGAGCUUCAGUAUACCUGCAUCGCUGCUUGGAGCCAUGGAUGAACAUAAUAAGAACGUGGAUGGUCAAGACAGAAACAAGGAUGCGAGCCAUGACUCAGAAACGACACGUUGGAGUUGGGGCACAUCGAUCGACGAGACAAUGAGCAAUGACAAUGGUGUGGCAGAGCAGGACCAGUACAGUGCUGGAAUAGAGGAGGAAGAGCAACCAUUUGCAUUUGCACAAGACCCGUCGCCGUCGGAAUACAAGCCAAGCUCGAGUCGAGAUAGGUCUUAUUCGUCUGAUGACGAAGAAGUUGUGGCAACGGCACUUUUGGGUGACAGCAUGCCUAGCAAGUCAGAGGCUUCAUUAACACCAAAUGUACCUACAAAUUGCGAACGAAGACGGUCAGAGCGUAUAAAGAGGAUGCGGCGCAUCUGA